UGACAGGAGCUAUACAGCUAUGUGUGGAUGCACAAGGCUUUGAUGGUGUCUGACGGAGAUGUCAUCACAACUUAUUGUUAAUGACAGUGAUGGGAAACUAAGAAAUAAAAUCUUUCUUAUCAUGAAAAUGCUGUUUUUGUGCUGAUCACUCUGUCCUUGUUAUCAGCACAUAGCAAUAAAGAGGCAGAUAAAGACACAAACAAGGCUCUCCACCUUCCUGCCUCCCCUACCAAUCUUGGUCCAACCCUCUGCAAGUUGGAGUGCAUAAAUACACAAGAAAAGCUGCAGCUCCGCACAGUUGAUAGUGUGAAGCAGCUGCAUCUACUGGUGGUCUAGGCAUCUCCGUGUAAGGGUCUCCUCAGUUCAGACGGGUAGUAUGGAUCACACAGAGGUACUGAAGCCACAGACCCUGGAUGAGCUGAUUCAGAUUCUGCAUGAGAUCUUUUCCAGUGAUAAAGUCAAUGUGGAGGAAGUUCAGAAUAUCAUGGAGUCCUAUGAAAGUAACCCACUGGAAUGGAUGAAGUAUGCCAAGUUUGACCCAUACAGGUACACCAGAAACUUAGUGGAUGAAGGAAAUGGGAAGUUUAAUCUCAUGAUUCUCUGCUGGGGUGAAGGACAUGGCAGCAGUAUCCAUGAUCACACCGACUCGCAUUGCUUCUUGAAGAUACUCCAGGGCAACCUCAAGGAGACGCUCUAUGACUGGCCCCAGAAAAAAUCUAAUGGAGAGAUUGUAAAGAAGUCAGAAGGAGUACUGAAGCUGGACCAAUGUGCCUAUAUCAAUGACUCAAUUGGUCUUCACAGAGUGGAAAACACAAGUCACACAGAGACUGCUGUGAGCCUUCACUUGUACAGUCCUCCUUUUGACCACUGCCAAACUUUUGACCAACGAACAGGACACAAAAAUACAGUCAAAAUGACUUUCUGGAGCAAAUUUGGGGAACGGACUCCACUGGUAACAGCGCCAUCCCAGGAAAACAACUAACUUUGCCUGGAAGAAUUUAUUGGAAUUGUUCUUGAAAUCCUGUGGAGCCCUGACGGCCAUAUGGAAAUCAUGUGACCAAACUGUACAUGUAUCCUCAGUAGAACCCACAAGAUGGCAGUUCUGGAAUAAUGACUUUAAGUUGUCCUCAGGGUUUAAGCCUUAAAUAGAAUUGGGUAUCUUUAUAUUUUUAAAAGACAGAACAUUUUUCUUUCCAUUUUAAGGAUCUUUAUAAUUGUACAUGUUCUCCUGUUAACCUAGCAUUUUGUUCUUAAAGCAUCAAAGACAGAAAUUUUCAUAUUAAAUAAACUACGUGUAUAGAUUUUUAAUGCUCUUGUAACAAAUGUACAUUUUGAUUUACAAAUAUUUUUUGAAAAAAAAGCUGGCAUAUGAAUUUGGAAUCUUCACCAGGAGCAAUAAAGUUCAAAUUCAUUCCUUU